GCAGGAGAUCAAACCUCAGACAGCUGUUGCGUCCAUCACCUUCAACAGUGCAUUGGCGCAGAUGAACAAGAAACCCAUUCAGGCCAUGCGCGUUCUGGAAAGCAUGCGCGUCAGCAUGCCCGAUGUGGCCGCCCUGCAGCGCAUGGAUCAGUUGCGCAAUGGCGGCAGUUUUACUUUGCCAAAGGAGCCGGAGGAAGUGGUGCGAACGCUGUGUCAGGUGGCACCGGACGCUGGGCGCCCACCCCCUGAGGUGGUUGGUGCUGCCUUGAAGGCUGCAGGUUUGCCGGCCACAGAAGAGAACCUGGAGAAGGCG